CUGCCGUUACGGCUUUAGCGCUGCGGGGGUCCUGUGUCGGUCCGGGCGGCCCGCGCCGCUGGGAGCUGUGUGCGGAUUAAAGGAGAAGCGUUCAGGGUUGGGGGGGAGGUGGUCAUGUCCCAGGAGGACAGCCACGAGUGGGAGCUGAGCAAGGAGAAUGUGCAGCCCCUCAGGCAGGGACGGGUGAUGUCCAGCUUGCAAGAGGCACUGUCUCAGCAGGACUCUUCCAGCCACACUGCUCUGCAGCUUAAAAAACAGGAGUUUGAAGCAGAAAUACGAUUUUACACUGGAGAUGAUCCUCUGGAUGUGUGGGAACGGUACAUCAAGUGGAUAGAGCAGGCCUUCCCUGGGGGUGGCAAGGAUGGCAACCUGGCAGCAGUUCUGGAAAGGGCAGUGCAAGCCCUCCACGGGCAGCAGCGAUACUACAAAGAUCCUCGCUAUCUGAAUCUCUGGCUCAAGUUUGGCGAUUGCUGCAAGGAGCCCUUGGAUCUGUACAAUUACCUGUGGAGCCAGGAGAUCGGCACCACGCUGGCCGCGCUCUACAUCACCUGGGCAGAGACACUCGAGGCCAGGGGCAGCUUCAGGAAAGCUGAUCUGAUAUUCCAGCAAGGACUCCAGCGCAAGGCUGAGCCUUUGGACAAACUCCAGGCUCAUCACAAGCAGUUUCAGGCCCGUGUUUCUCGGCAGACGUUACUGGCACUUGAGGAUCCUCCUGAUGGAGACAAUAUGGGAUUGCUGGAAGUUGCAGAGCCUCAGAGAAUUUCUUUGGCAGAACUCAAAUGCAGAGGGAAGAGAGCCCCCAUCAAUCGUGUUGGAGAUGCAAUUAAAGUCAUCAACCCAAACAGAAGCUCCCAGCCUCAGGGCUCUCGACAGCUUCCAAAUGCUCGAAGUGUUGCUGUAUUUGAGGACAAUUCUGUGUCUGGACCUGAGAUGCCCACACGUACAGCAGGGUCAUGGCCAGCACCUACAGUUGGCAGGGGCAAGGAGAAUGAACGCAGCGCAGGACCGUGGAACUCUGGCAGGCGUCCUCGCAGGACUGGCAGCUCUGGCGUGGAAGUGCCCCCCCCAGUGCCCAGUUUCACCCCCUAUGUGGACGAGUCAGCUGAGCCACAAAUGAUGACUCCCUGUAAAAUUGAGCCCAGCAUAAACUCUGUGUUAAGUACUCGCAAACCUGGGGAGCGGGAGGAUCCCCUGCAGCGAGUGCAGCAUCAGCAGCAGGAUGCUCAGGCCAAGAAGGAGAUGGUGAUGUACUGCAAAGAGAAAGUUUAUGCUGGAGUGGAUGAAUUCUCUUUUGAAGAGAUCCGAGCUGAAAUCUACAGGAAGAAAGCGAGAAAGAAAGAUGAGGAUGAAAUACAAGCCAUAGAACGGAAGAAGGAAGAAAUACAAAGGAAAAUUGAGGAACUGGAAAAGAAAUUAAAGAAGAAAGAAGAUGACAAGCAGCAACAGCCACAUGAACAGGCAGCAGAGGUAAUGGCAGCUUCCACACCUUUGGGAAUGCAAGGAUUUACUUUUCCCAGUGCAAAAGAAUAUGGGGAGAAACAGCCUCAGUCACAAAGUGAAUUCCAGGUCUAUGAAGAUACUCAGUUACGUAAACCAUCUUGUUCUGAGGGUGUAGGUCUGCUUCCCCCACCGGCUGCUGUUCCGUUUUUCUCUAUAUUUGAUGAAUCCUCUACUUUGACAAAUCAGAAUAUAAGUUGUUCAGCAGAUGGUGCCCAUGAGAAAAGUGCCCGUCAGCCUCUCGCUGUUGGUGAUCCUGUGGAUUCUCUGAGUGCCAAGGAAAGCACGGCAGCAGCAGCAGGAGCAGGAGCCUGUGAUGAGCUGAAUGGAAUUGAACGCUUGAGUGAGGAUGCAAUUGUGACGGGCUCCUACAAGAACAAGACCCUUUGUGCCAACCCAGAGGACACGUGUGACUUUACCAGGGCUGCCCACCUGGCCUCAACGCCCUUUCACGGGGUGGGAGCUCAGAGAGUCCCAGCUCCUGCUUUCUCUCAGGGUGAGCUGAAGGAAGAUAGUCCAGAAUCCAGGAGUGCAGCACUGAGUCAGGAGACACCAGUGGGCGAUGAGGCAUUCACUGAAGUUCUCAGUGUAAAAAAACUGAGCCCCAUCAUGGAAGCAAGCCUGGAAGAUACUCACUCAUCAGGUGCUUCAGUCUCAGGAGGUUCUCUGUCCUCUGUUACACAAACAUCUGCUAUUAAAUACCUGCAGAUCAGUGAGAAACUGGAGCUGGCUCAGAGCUUGCCUGCUGAAGGGGUUACUGAUGAUGAUGUGGCUCAGUUCCCGUGGAGCCCUGAACAGCGUAAAAAGCUUUUAGAUUCUGUGCUGUCAUCACUGGCUGCUUCUCCAGAUUUUCACUUGGAGGCUGGAGCUCUGCCUCACAUGGAGCCUGAGAAGGACGUUGAGCUGGGAAAUAAGACUUACUGCAUCAAAAUGGAAUAUUGGAACGAUGAAGAAUACAAGAUGCUUUUUGCUGUUCCAACUGGAUGCCUUUUCCAGUUGGAUGCAAAGGGAUUUGUAAUAAAGGUGUAUUCUCAGCCUAUGCCUUGGGAUUUUUAUAUCACCCUUGAGCUACAGAAGCGUUUGAAUUCUGACUUUGACCAGAGCUUCAGUGAGAAUUGCAGCUGUUACCUGUACCAGGAUGGCUGUGCCAUUGUGCACAAGGAUACAAAUUGCUUCACACUGAGGGAUAUUCUCUGUGACCGUAAGUUCAUCACAAAGGAAAUCAUCUUCGUGGUUGUUCAUGAUCUUCUGCAUGUGGUAGAGAAGCUGCACAAAGCUGAGAUUGUCCAUGGAGAUCUGAGGCCAGAGGUGUUCUUCCUGGGAGACAGGAUCUGCGAUGCCUUUUCUAAUGAGGAGGUGCCAAAUGCUCUGAAGGUGGUGGAUUUCUCUCACAGCCUGGAUUUGAGGGUACUGCCUCGAGUCAGCUUGCCCUAUAACUUUCCCACAGCUCACACCCCUCAUGGACAGCAGCUUCUGGCAGAAAGUUCUCUUCCUUAUCAGGUAGACUUGGUUGGCAUUGCAGAUAUAGUCCAUUUGCUGUUGUUUGGAGAUCAUAUCCAGGUCUAUCAGGAGAAUUCCAUCUGGAAAAUCAGCCAAGACUUAUCAAAGACUCCUGACAGUGAUUUCUGGAGUAAACUUUUUGAGAGAAUUCUGAAUGCAGAUGGUAAGUCCACAGUACCUCUGCUGAGGGAGUUAAGAGAGGAAAUCAGUGAAAUGUUUGACAGCUCUUUCAAAGAACGACUUUUGUUGACCUUAGCUGCUGUGGGAGAAACUUUCCUCCUGGUGAACUUCCAGUGACUUCAUAGAAAACAAACACAUUUUGUAUUCUAGAGAAGAAUUUGUUGUUGCUUUCUUAUGUUUUCAAAUGUAAAAAUGAGAGUGAUUGGAGCCAUUUCUGCAAUACUUCACAUGGGACUUGCUCAAGAAUGUUUCUAUUGCAUGAGUGUAUGGAAAACCUCCUGAGCCUCUACAUGAACCUUUUUGUGUCGGGGCAGUUUGUGAGAGAAAAUUGUUUGUCUUUACUGCCACCUCCCCUUCUUGUACAGCUCCUUAAAAAUUUAACACCUAACUUGCACCACACUCUUUAAAAUGUCUUUGUCCUGCAUUCAGUUGGUCUUUUAUUGUUGUUUAAUCAAUAAAGUUGUGUUU